AUGUUAACACCGUGGUGUCAACAGGAGUCAGGUCCGUGUGCCGUUCCACGCACCUCGUGUUCCGCGUUCAUUGCUCCUUUGCGUGUCAUUCUCACAGCAGUUUUAGCGAUCUCGCGCAUCCUCCUUGCACCCGUCUUCGCUACUCGCGCUACUUUGCCUCGCCGAGUUCCUCUUUACGUCAACAAGCUGCCACUCUCGUGCAGCCACCUAAUUGGCCCUAAACUCGUGCACGACUAUUCGACUAAGAAGGCCUCAGUUUGGUCGGAAUAUGAAUUUAGCCUCUUGCCAGUAGAAAGCUAUAAGCACACUGACCUACAAGAAGACAUAUUGACGUCACAAACCAAAUAA